UCUCAGUUCAUCAGGAGAUCCAAGAGUUCCUGAAGUCACAGAACAGAUCAGAGAAGAAACUCUCUGUGAUCCACUGCUCAGCUCUGGCCUACAUGCUGCAGAUGUCAGAGGAGGUUCUGGAUGAGUUGGACCUGGACAAGUUCAACACAUCAUGGAAUGGACGACAGAGACUGAUUCCAGCUGUGAGGAACUGCAGAAAAGCUCAAUUUUCUGACUGUGGACUCUCAGAGAGUCACUGUGAAGUUGUGGCCUCAGCUCUGAAGUCCAACCCCUCCCAUCUGAAACAUCUGGAUCUGAGUAAUAACGGCCUGCGAGAUUCAGGAGUGAAGCAUCUGUGUGAUGGACUGGAGAGUCCAAACUGUAGACUGGAGACUCUGACAUUGAGUUCCUGCAGGUUGACAGAGAUCAGCUGUGAUUAUCUGGUCUCAGCUCUGAAGUCCAACCCCUCCCAUCUGAAACAUCUGGAGCUGAAUGGAAACUGCUCCCUGCAGGAUCCAGGAGUGAAACAUCUGUGUGGUUUUCUGGAGAGUCCAGACUGUAGACUGGAGACUCUGGGAUUGAGUUGCUGCAGUUUGUCAAAGAUCAGCUGUGAUUCUCUGGUCUCAACUCUGAAGUCCAACCCCUCCCAUCUGAAACAUCUGGACCUGAGUGUAAACGGCCUGCAGGAUUCAGAUGUGGAAGACAUCGUUCUCAACAGUUCGGAGCUGACCCCAGCAGAGGAGCUGGCAGUGGAUCCUAAUAAAGGGAGGCCAGUGAUGGAGGGGAUUCAGGAGGGACUAAGAUGGACUCAGUCCGAGCAACAGGAAGUAGCAGCUUCUUAA